CGGAAUUACAACUACCUAAACUACGUGUACCUACAUCAAUAUCAAGGUGCUUACAUGCCUAGUAAGGAGUAAAUUAAAAGCCUCCAGCCGCCUUUCCACAAAUCAGUUGUUCUCAUUAUUAUUAAUAUCACAGACCACCGCUUGGGAAAGUUCCCUCGAGGUGCAUUGCUCUCAUCUAGUUUCACCUCGGACCAUUAUGGGAGCUCCACCAACCAGUGGCUACUGUCAGACAUGUCGGAAGAGAAGGGUCAAAUGUGGCAAGUCCCCCGACACUUUACGAGAUAACAAAGGAACUCCGGCGUGCCAGAGAUGCAUCAAGGCCGGGUACAGAUGCAAGGGUUACGAUCUGCCCCUGCGGAUGCAGAAUAUGAGUAUCGUGAUGGAGGGGCCGGGAAGACAUCGACUGGCCAGAAUCCCGCACUUCAACCCUGAUCCGUCACGCCAGCUGAGCCUUGUAGCUUUCAAGGACCACAUAUGUUUCACCUAUCUCUUUGAGAACUGCAGCUGGGCUCAUUGCUGGAGGCCAAUGAUCUCACUGACCAAACAAGAUGCGCUAGGGCCGCUGGACUACAACUGUAGCUUGGCGCUUGCUUACGCGUAUUUUGGUGUGAACAAGCACGAGAAGAAGUUGGAGACGGACGGGAGAAUACUCUACGGGAAAAGUCUUCACGCGGUGAAGACGAUUCUUGAGAGUGACGACAAACAAGAGAUAGGAAGGACGACGAGCGCCGUCCUAAUCUUGGGCCUGAUAGCGACUGCACUCGAUGAUAACCCUUAUAUGAAGCAUCACGAUGGUGUCAUACAGAUUCUGAAGCGCUGUGGUCCAAGGCACUUUCAGCAGGAGCCACUGCUGACCGCUUUUCGACGAAGCCGGGGGAUUCUAGUCUGCAAGUCCUUUGCGCUGCGGAGACGAUGCUUUCUCGAAGAGCCUGAAUGGAAGACGAUACCGUUUGAACUCUGCGGCAAAGACUCAUCAGAUGAGCUCUUGGACAUCCUGUGCGAUAUACCAGGCCAGGCAGAAGAUUGCUUCUCCUCUCCGCCAAACAUCGUGUCCGACUCCCACCCUUCACCAAUGUGCCAAAUCGCCCGACUUUCCAAUCAACUGCGCAUCUGGCGUCGCAAGUGGGAUGAGGCGAAUCCCCGCCUGGCCACCGGGACUUCGACUAACACGACGGGCUCAAAGAAUGGCGUUGCAGAAACGCUGGCUUUCUACAACCUCAAGCAAGCAACCGAAAUCUUCACAUACAAUGCCGCGCUUCUCUAUCUGUCACAACUUCGAGACGCGAUACAGGACGGUAGACGCUGGACAGGGCCUACUUCCAUAGUCGAAAUGGACUACAUCAUGAACAUGACAAGAGCGAAUCCUCAGUCUCCUCUCCUCCAACCGGAUCCGGUUGUGUUCACGCUGCAGCCCGCGCUGGAAGCUGCCAACAUCUUCCCUUAUCUUUACCACUGCAUGAGGACUGAAAAGCUCAGCGAUGUUAUGGUCAUUUUGGCUCCUUUGGGUAUCGUGUACUGUGCGCUGCAGAGUCGUCCAAACCUGCUUAGUAAAGUUGCCGAACAGUUUGAGAUGCCGUUUAUCAACGAGGUCGGAUCAAUGCUGCAAAGAUACUCCUUCCCAAGCGCCCAAGCGGACUAGAAAGACCCUGAAGCACGAGCGAGCGUGGCCAAAUUAUGCAAUACUGAAUGGGGAGGCCCAGAAUCCUCCUCUUGUAAACUCAACCGGCUCACUGAAAUACAUUUAUCUAUUCCUAAUUCCCCCUUCAGGCCGCCGAUCAGCUCCGGCGUUUCGAGUU